AUGCAUAUCGAGCUCGUGCUGUGGGUGGUCAUCGGUGGAAAUGGCUCUCAUCAGGCAGACUUGAGCGAGAAAACCAUGCAGAACUUCUUCAAGAUCUUCCUUGCAAACCAGUUCACCUACUUCGCCCUCAGUCCCGCCAUCAAAAUCUCCAUUGUCUGUUUCUACCGACGCGUCUUCGCAAUCCAAACUUUUCAAUGGACCUCAUUUGCCAUAAAUACCCUAAUCGCCCUCUGGGGUGCCGCCAUCUUUAUCGCUUGUGGCCUCCAAUGCCGCCCUCUAAACGCCUACUGGGACCACACCGUCGUUGGUAAUUGCUUCGACAGCAACAAAUACAUUAUUGUCAACCAAGUCUUCAACGUCCUCAUGGAUUUCGUCAUCCUCGCCCUCCCUAUUCCCAUGAUCUGGAACCUCCAGCGCUCUUGGCAAGACAAGCUUGCGCUGAACGGCGUUUUCGCCGUCGGCGGCGUCGUUUGCCUUGCGUCCAUUUACCGUAUCGUCGUGCUCUUCUGGAUCAACCCUGCCGACAUCACCUAUACCGUCUAUGAAGCAACGCUAUGGACGCACAUUGAGCCAUCCAUCGGCCUUAUAUGCGCUUGCCUUCCUAUCAUCCGCGGUUUGUUUCCACAAUUCAAACUGUCCGCAGGCCGCGUGGACAACGCAACAUACUAUGGCCGAACCUAUCAGACAACCACGUCGACCUCUCAUACCCCGCUCUCACCAAGUCUCAAGUCACCACUCUCGGAGAAGUUCUUUGCGCACCAGCUUGAGGAGAUUCGGAGUAAUAAGGCACCCUCGCUUCCCGCCACUCCUCAUGACAAUUCCGAGUUUUACCAGGGCUCUCUAAGUCCGUUUGCUAUUGAGGUCCGCACAGACAUAGAUGUGGAGAAUAGCGGACAAUCAGUUCGCUCUUAUAAGUGA